AAUAGUGAAAUUAGAAUAUGCACUUGUCAAAUUGGCACAACUGGUGUGCCUUGCAAGCACCAAGGCACUGUUGCGAUGAAGUUUCACAUUAAAAUAUUAAAUUUUUUACCAUCUUUAAGUCCUGAUAACUAUAUA